ACGCGCAAACACAAGUCGGGGCGAGGCGGCCACCGCGAGUUCCGGGCCGGGAGCGGGGCAGCAGAGCGCGGCGACUAAGUCAUGGAGAGCGGCGACGGCGGCGGCGGUGCCUACGGAGCUGCCAAGGCGGGCGGCACCUUCGACCCGUGGCGCUUCUUGCAGCAGCCGCAGGUCAUCGCGCGCAUUCUGAGUGCGAUUUUUGCACUCAUUGUUUUCUCCUGCAUCAUUGGUGAAGGCUACACCAACCAUUCUUCAUCCGACAAGCUGUACUGCGUCUUCAACCACAGUGAGGAUGCUUGUCGUUACGGCAUUGGCAUCGGAGUGAUUGCCUUCCUGGCUUGUGUAUUCUUCUUGAUGGUGGAUAUCUACUUCCCACAGAUUAGCAAUGCCACUGAUCGCAAGUACCUCGUUAUGGCCGACCUGGGCUUCUCAGCUCUCUGGGCCUUUCUGUGGUUUAUUGGGUUCUGCGUGCUAACAAACCAGUGGGCAUCAACAGCUCCCAAAGAUGUAUCGAUUGGAGCCGACUCUGCCCGUGCUUCAAUUGCCUUCAGCUUUUUCUCCAUCUUCUCAUGGGGGCUCCUGAUCACGUUUGCACUUCAGCGCUACCGCAUGGGGGUGCAAGAUUUUGACCACAGCUACGUUGACCCAGCUCCAGGUCCUGUGCCCCCCUACUCAAGCUACCCCAAUGUUGGUCAUGAGAGCUACCAGCAGCCACCCUUCACUCCUCGCACCGGAGAGGACUCUGAGGGCUACCAGCCUCCCCCUGUGUACUGAUUGCUACUAGCACUGUUUAAAGCAGCUCAUGGGGAAUAGCCACCUAAGUGCAAUUGAUUCACUUGCUUGGGUUGGGGAAAGGCAUCUACUGUGAAGAGUAAGAAUGCCACAGCUUAACUUUUGUGUGUGCGUGUGCAUUGGGUUCUGGGGUAUCCUUGCUGUUUUCUACCCCUGCAGAAAAUACUUCGCUCCGCCCUCAGGGGUGUGAGAGGCUUUCUUUCUGGCCUGUGUGUGACGUGCAAGGC